GCUCCUUGGUAGGCGGAGUCACAGGGCAUCAUCGCCUUCGUACUCAAUGCGGCAUUUGCGGCAAAGCAUUGUUGGCUGGCGUGAGUUUUGUGGCUUGUUAGUUCUGACAACACUUCUCUCAUGUUCGUCCAUCGGCUAACAGCAAGUUUUGCAGUGCUAGGUAACGGUCUUGAACCUGAAUUAGGGCUUUGUCUAGACCGUGCGGUAUUCCCAGACUCUCGGAGCAUCAGGGUUGGCACGAAAGUCCUGUGCUGGGCACCGAGCUGCCGGCGAUGCACAGAUGCUACCGAGGCAGUAGGAUUACAUUCUACCUGCCUGAAUCUGUUCCAAGAACACUGCAAAAUCGACAAUGCGGUCGACAGAUUAUGGAUAACAAUUGGCAAGAGGAACCUCUGGCAACGUGCUCCAAUGCUUCAGCUGGACCGUGAAACAGGACUUGACAUCGAAAUUGUCCGCGAGAAAGCAGAGGCUUAUGGUAUUCGACUAUUGAAGCUCCUACCAGCAGAGCUCAUCCACAUGGUACAAGAGUACAGCGAUUCGGCGACGUUCUGGCGCUACAUCCAUGUUCUCAGCAUAGCUCGGGAGUUGUCCCGCUUACAGUCCGAUACCGCUCCACCAGUUACUUCAAUACCUUUGUGUAAUAUCCUAUCCUGGACACGAGGAGAUUGCGCUGCUGUGUUAUCAAGCAACUGCCCGCCAGUAGUACGCUUGACUCUUGAUCACAGGGGAAUACGUAAGAUAGAAAGGCUGUCAAAAUCAUCAUACGAACCCCGACGUUCGGACAGGGAGGCAUUUGUAAUCUCGCCUGCGAUAUGCUUUCAGGAUGUUGUGGCUGUACUGAAGUUUCAUGUGUUGCGGCUUGAGCUCCCUGCAUCUCUGUUGGGGUUUCACAUCUGGGACACCCCCAACCCCCCUGGUAUUGAGGACUGCGACUUUUACGGCCGCGUGACACCGUCCAUGCAAUUCAAGACCACCAACCUACGCAGUGUAACGGGCCUCACGUUUUUCUUCUCUUUCAGUAAGCUCUACGCAGUACACGCGCAUACACAUGCGAGACCUUGUGCAACGAAAACAUUCGACCGGCUUCCCGUGAAAAGACAGGAAAGUGUUGUCUGGAUAUACCUACCGAUGCCCAGAGAUGAAGAAAUCACCUCGAUCGCGAUGCGGUUGAAAGUUGAAGGAGGAGGGGCUACAACACAGAAGCCCUUUUUCAUGAUUCGUACAAAGCUAGCCGGGGAUGUGUAUGUUGGCCCAUGCCAUCUUAGGCAGCACAGAGAUAUUGUUCUCAGCCAGUCAAGCCCAGAACUGCUCAUUCACAAUGUUGCAGAUGUCGGACCAGCUACUGUAUUCGGAACAUAUCCGCGGAAGCAGCACCGUGAUAGCCUACCGCCGUUCAACAACCGCUGGCUGAAUAUGGAUCCUCUUCUUCAUCUAAUGUUCGAGCAUAUGUAUCUUUCAGUGGCGCCAUUCAAAGACGUGACUGGCAUUCAGGUCUUAGAAGACGAGAACUUUGAAUGCAAGGGUAUGAUAUUCGACUAUAGUAACGGUGCUCAGAGAGCCUUGGGGGACUGUAGAUUUGGCCAUUAUCGUGUCAAGACGUAUUGCGAGGCGUUCAUGUCGAGAUUGGAAGUGAAUCGGACCAUGCACACAGCGGCGAUGACUGGAAGUGCUCGGAGAUGGAAGGGAAUAUCGAGUUUUGGUUCUCCAAGGAACAUUCGGUCAUUGUCUGCCACUCCAUUGAGAGCACAGCAGCGCCAUGAGGGGUCUGGAUACUUGGCAGCCCUUUGCUUCCUUGGCGGUUAUUCUAGUUUCGUCUUGAUCAACAGAUAUGCAAAUGCAGAGACCCUCAGCUCACUACCAGUAUACGUCAGUGUAUUGAUGAUCCCCAAGCGCGAAAUCGUGAUCCAGCUGGAGUCAUAG